AUGUCUCUUGACCCAUAUAAACUUUACUUAAAACGUCAGGAAACAGGUAUCAAACCUGAUGUAAGAGAAGCUCUUGUCAAUGAAGUACAGCAGCCUAUCAGUUCCCGUAGGCCGCACCGCGCGUUCGAGGACACCCUGUCUGACACCGUCGCCGUCAUGAGUCGCCUGUCGCUGCUCGUCGUCGCCCUGCUGCUGGCAACAGCCGCGGCCUCCAUCUCCCGAAUGGCGGUGACUGAAUGCCCACAUCACCCUGGCCAGUGCCAGGACCCUUCCACAGGGGAAUUCCACACCGCAGGCUCAGAAUGGUAUCACCAGGGAGAAUGUCAAAAAUUCACCUGCGCCUUCCCUGAGAUCAUCAUUACAGGCUGCCCGUCCAUCGACGUGGAGCCGCCGUGCUUCGUGGUGGACGGCGACCCCACCCUCACCUACCCCGCCUGCUGCCCGGCCGGCGCCUGCUCGCGCCCCGCGCACACCUUGGACGAGAACGUCAUCGCGUGAUGCCGUCGUGGCGUGUGAUCGCUCGGGCAAGCCCCUGCGUUUGUAGGAUGCUCAGCAAUAAAAUUUUGUCAUCCGUC